GGGAGGGAUAGAGCGAGAGGAGCGAGAAACAUACUGCAAGCAAUUGAAGCAUAGCCAGUCUGCAGAAAGGAGAAGGUGUAUUAUUGUAAGAGAGAAUAAAGGUACAUGUUCUGUUAGCAAUAGCUGGGUGAGAAAAAUAGGGCACAAAAUCGGAGUACAGCAGAGAAGAGUAUAGAGAUUCAAAAUGGAUAUACAGUCAGAGAGUAGCGAACUCUCUCCAUGCGACCCACAGCCUGCUGGAAAAAUCAGAAAGGCCUUCAAGCUGUUUGGGAAGCGCAAGCCAGGCAGCAUCUUCUCCAUGCGCGGCAAAGGCGAGGGGAACAACAAGUCACCUAUCGCCAGGAGCAAGACAGUGGAAGGAUUAACGGAGUCCGCAGCAGCGGAGCAGGAGCUGGAGAAGGAGGAGGAACCAGAGGUGAGUCAUAGAGAGGAGGAGGAAGCCCUGGAGGAGCCCCUGGGUGAUGCUGGAGAUCCCUCCAUCCCUUCUGCUGGCCGUCCCUCCAUCUCCUCUAUGACCUCUGCCAAAUCCCUCAGCUUCCUGAUGAAGUUGCGGCGCAGCCGUCGAGGAGGACCAGACCGGAGGUUCCGUACAGAGACCCAGCCAAAGGUACGCCAGCGUCGGGGCCUGAAGGGUCUCUUCAACAGUCUGGCGUGGAACCAGCGAGAGAAGGAGGCCAGGGACGAGGCCGAGACCCCCCCGAGCCCCCUCCUCAUGUCGUCCCGUACAAACAGCGUGGAGAUCAUCAAGGAAGACAUGACUUUGACUCCCAGACCUGCGCCUCGCAGCCAGGAUGUCCCAGAGCCUGAGCCUGGACAAGAGUCCCCUGUUUCAUCAAAGAGCGCCACAGUGAAGGAGAGCUCAGCCUCAAGCUCAUCAGAGACGACAGCUCCCUCAGUGACUACAGACAGCAUCACGGAAUCUAAUGAGGAUGUACUGCCGCCUCUGCCCACCACUGAACCACCACCCUUGGAUCCUGCUGUGGAUCGUCUGAGCUCGCUGCUUGCAGACAUCUCCUCUCUGAUAAGCUUCGACUCGUUGACAGGAUGUGGAGACAUUUCUGCUGAAGUGGAGGCGGAGUGGGGCAAAGCCUGCCCUACUGUCGGGACUGGACCUGGGACCAAGGGAGCUGUGACUGGAGAGAAAUCCUCAUCAACUACUCUUUUAGCAAAACCUACCCCUAUUUCUAAACCUACCCCUAUUUCUAUACCUACCCCUAUUUCUAAACCUACCCCUAUUUCCAAACCUACCGCUAUUACUAAAGCUACCCCUUCACCUACACCAACCCCUGUUCCUACUGCUACUACUAAAUCUAGUCCAACCCCUAUCCCAACACUUACUUCUAAAUCCAAACCUACCCCUUCCUCUUCCCCCAUCACUAAACCUACCCCCACCUUUACCCCUACAACCAAACCUACCCUUUCGCCUUCCCCCACCACUAAACCUACCCCCACCUUUACCCCUACAACUAAACCUGAACCUACCAGCUGGUCGAUCAAACCUGAACCUUCCCCUAUUGUGACAACCGUAUUCUCAACUAUAACUAGCCCUACCACUAAAUCAAGCCCUACCCCUUUAACAAAACCCUCCCCUCCACCAACAACAAAAUCCACCCCAAGCCCUGCCCCUGUAUCCAAACCUUCCCCAGUAGUUACCACAUCUGCUGCCCCUGUAUCCAAACCUUCCCCAGUAGUUACCCCAUCUGCUGCCCCUGUAUCCAAACCUUCCCCAGUAGUUACCCCAUCUGCUGCCCCUGUAUCCAAACCUUCCCCAGUAGUUACCACAUCUGCUGCCCCUGUAUCCAAACCUUCCCCAGUAGUUACCAUAUCUGCUGCCCCUGUAUCCAAACCUUCCCCAGUAGUUACCCCACCUCCUGCCCCUGUAUCCAAACCUUCCCCAGUAGUUACCCCACCUCCUGCCCCUGUAUCCAAAUCUUCCUCAGUAGUUACCCUACCUCCUGCCCCUGUAUCCAAACCUUCCCCAGUAGUUACCCCACCUGCUGCCCCUGUAUCCAAACCUUCCCCAGUAGUUACCCCACCUCCUGCCCCUGUAUCCAAACCUUCCCCAGUAGUUACCCCACCUGCUGCCCCUGUAUCCAAACCUUCCCCAGUAGUUACCCCACCUGCUGCCCCUGUAUCCAAACCUUCCCCAGUAGUUACCCCACCUGCUGCCCCUGUAUACAAACCUUCCCCAGUAGUUACCCCACCUGCUGCCCCUGUAUCCAAAUCUUCCUCAGUAGUUACCCUACCUCCUGCCCCUGUAUCCAAACCUUCCCCAGUAGUUACCCCACCUCCUGUAACUGCCCUAGUGGCCAAACCAGCUUCUGUAACCAAUCCUGCCACUCUUUCACCAGCCACUUUCACCUCUGCCCCACCCCCCAAAAUGAUCUCAGUCCCAUGUCUGGAUUCCACUACCGCACCUCUCUCCCUAACAUCCUUUUAUCCUACGGCUGUCCCGAGCUCAGCAUUUAAAAUCCCCUAUAUCCCAGUUCCAGUGCCAGCCUCAGUCACUAGCCCUGCUCCUGUCCAAACCUUGUCUCCAAUUCUAGCUGACUCAAAGGCUCCCUCUGCCCCUACUCCAAAAUCAGGCCCAAUGUCUAAGACUCCCCCGUUUCCUACCCCUGUCCCUACCCCAACUCCAGUCCCUAUGUCUAAGACUCCCCCGUUUCCUUCCCCUGUACCUACCCCAACUCCAGUCCCUAUGUCUAAAACUCCCCCGUUUCCUACCCCUGUCCCUACCCCAACUCCAGUCCCUAUGUCUAAGACUCCCCCGUUUCCUACCCCUGUCCCUACCCCAACUCCAGUCCCUAUGUCUAAGACUCCCCCGUUUCCUACCCCUGUCCCUACCCCAACUCCAGUCCCUAUGUCUAAGAGUCCCCCGUUUCCUACCCCUGUCCCUACCCCAACUCCAGUCCCUAUGUCUAAGACUCCCCCGUUUCCUAACCCUGUCCCUACCCCAACUCCAGUCCCUAUGUCUAAGACUCCCCCGUUUCCUACCCCUGUCCCUACCCCAGUCCCUAUGUCUAAGACUCCCCCGUUUCCUACCCCUGUCCCUACCCCAACUCCAGUCCCUAUGUCUAAGACUCCCUCUACCCCUGCCUCAUUCCCUUCUAUGCCCUCUCCUGUUCUCUUCCUUGCCCCUGUGCAGUGUACACCCCUUGCCUCUGGUCAGGUGAAGGGUGGUGAGCGCAAGGCCUCUCUAGAUACAGGAGAGGACAUGACGAAUCCAAACGGCAUGGAUGUGCGGGGUGCCUGGAACAAUUCACCCAAGAGAGAAGAGAAAGGCCUCGCUUCACAGAAUGAGGCACACAUGGACCCCCAGGGCCCCCCCACAGAGAAGAAGACACCCCCGGUGAAGGCAGCGGGGCUCAGUAAGAUCCCUGUCUGCGGUGGAGGCAGGGCAGGUAAGCUGCCAAUCCGUGAGUCCCAGUCCACUGACGACGAGGGGAGCUGGGACCCACCUACUCCAGGGCAGGAAGAGGGGAGUCCAUGCCCCAGCAUACGCCACGGAGUCAGCAAAGACACAAUUAGUAACUCCUCUGCUGAAGCUGAAGUUGAGGCCAGUCAUGUAAAACAUAGCCCAGAGGAGAGUCGUCAGCUCCGCCCACCUACAGUCUACAGCAGUAUACCACGUGACUCCAAGAUCCCUGUCAAGCUGGGAGUCCAGUCCAACACCACUGUCCCCCAAGGAGCUAAGGAGCCCCCACGCUCCAAGAUACCCUUGUCCAAGGUUCCUGUCCGCAGGACCGGCAAUAAACCCACAGCCACUACAGCUGCAAGCGCUCAAAAUAGAAAAUAAAGAUAAGAGACUGCUUCAAACACAAACACCGAAAUGGCUGCUUUCCUCCGAAAUCACUCUUUUAAUAUGAUCACAUGGACACCCUUUGCAUCCUUUUUUUUGUACUGUAUAUUUACAAGGAGAGUCAAAUAUCUUCAUGAUUCUCUCAAAUGGCACAAUAUCCCACAUUGUUUUCGUCUUUCUGCUUUAGCACACCACCAUCAGCUGCAGAGCAACACAGACAUCGAGGCUGAGGCUCAAGCACAACAACACACAAGCGCAACAACACAUCUCCCCUGGGAACCAAAGGAUGGACUGCGACUCCCUUGUAUUGUGCCAACAUGACAGAUGCAUUCAACCAAGGUGCAGGUCUAAACCUGGAGUAGAACGGUGAUUGAGGAGGACGGUCGUAACAAAGGGUAUUCUGGGAUGUAUUGUUAAAGGAUGCACGGGUAUGGUAGCAUACCAAGGUCAGAAACAACCGCAUAUGGAAGAGAGUAUCUUUCUAAGGUGCUUUUUUUUUCCUACAGACUAUCAGAGUGAAAUAAAUCGACUUUUUCUACAAUACUUUUUAUCUUUUGUUACUCCCUCUUUUUUGUAGAAUUGUCUAAAAACCCUGUCUUAUUUUUCUGCAAUUCCUUUUGAUAAGUGAUACUGUAGUCCUUUUUUUCCCUUCGUCAUGCCAAGAGAGGGUCCAGACCUCUGAAGAAAAUGCAACAACCCACACCAACAUCCUAUAACAUCCCUGGAUGUAUGUAGCAGAAUAGCAUGCCAACAUGAGCCAGAGGACUCCUUUCCUCUACUUUCCUCCAUUCAUUUUUUUUGACACUGUGUGGAAUCAUACAGCGCCUGCCUGCCUGCUCAUAGGUAACACUGUCAAUCACACUGUGAACUUUGGGAAAGACUUGUGCUCUGGAUGGAGUUCAUUAUGGAUAGGGUGGCCCCUGCGGAAGGUUGGAACAGUGGGUAAACCUGUAUAACAGACCCUGUCAAGUUUGAGUGGAUCCCGAGAGCAUCAGUUUUGGAGGGAUUCAAUCCCUUUGCUAAUCCCACUUAUACAUAGUCAUGCUCAGAUGAGGACAAUAUCUGUGUGUAUACAUGACCUAUGCUGUUCUGUUUCUUAUAUAAUCAAUAAAAUAAUGUGAGUACGCUGUAUGUCACCUGAAAACAA